AAUAGAAACUGCGGUAUGGUUAACUGUUGUUAAAAAGAACCCAUGCGUUCGCUUGAAAAUAAAAAUGUAUUGUUCAUAAAAUAUAUUAAGUUCACUGCUACGAAUAACAAAGAAUGGUCUGUAUAUUUGUACAGCCCCUUGCUAUGGAGGAUUUAUCUGCUACGGGGCAUCAAGACACAGGGGAAGAUGCCUCGCCGAAGGCUGGAGGUAGCUCGUCUGGGCUGACAGCAAUAUUUCGGAUGGACCGUCACAUGACUAAUUCUGGAGAAAAGAAGACUCCAAAAAAGAAAACCGCCACAUCCAAAGAUUCCCAGAAGAAGAAGAAAACAAAACUGUAUAGACGACCAAAGGUCAAUUACACAGUCCAAGAGGGUGAGGACAUGCUUUUUGUUAUCUCCAACAUAAACAACUAUGACAGCAUAUGGAAGCCCAAGAGGAAAGCGCGUAAGAGAAAGAACACUUCAGAAGGCAAGACCAAACUCCCUCCUACAAAAAUAAAAACAAGGAUGGUAAAACCUGAAAUGAAAGAAAAGAUGAUGCCUGGUCAGAAAGCUGCACUCGUGCCAGUUAGACAUUGUGCAGAAGGGGAGGAUGACAGCUGGAGCAGGAACCUGCCUGUGGAGCUUUUGGUAAACAUCUUCCAGCUAGUGCUUAAUCAGGAGGGAGCCAUACCUUUUCUGUGCAGGGCAGCCAGAGUGUGUCAGCUUUGGAAUUCUGCAGCUGCUAAUCCCAUUUUGUGGCGCCGUGUUUCGAUCGGCUACUGCUGGACGGAACCUGGUAAGACCCAGUUGCCAAAAACAGAAAUGAAGAUCAAGAAUACUGUAAGCUGGCUAGCCCAGAACAGAUUUGCUCAACUCAGGGAUUUUGCUCUUUGUCACUGGAAAAAGCAUGUGGACUAUGUUGUACAGGUUGUUUCUCAGUUCUGCCCCCAUCUUACAUCACUCAAGCUGACUUACUGUACUGGUAUGACAGAAAAGGCCUUUCAGGGCCUUGGUUCCAACUGUCCAUCACUGCAGAGCAUCAAUGUGCAGCACUCAGAGUUUCAAAUAGAUGGCCUGGUUACUUACUUGGAAACAUUUGGGAGCCGAUUAAGAAAAAUUCUCUUCACCUAUGGAUGUAAGAUUGACAGACUCCUCUCUGUAAUUUCAAAAGGAUGUUGCCCAGGAUUGAUCUUACUAGAAAUAAACACAAAGCUGGAUAGUGGAUUCUGCCAGCUCCCCAUCUGCAUCCCAAGCUUGCAGAGUGCGUGUCCUCAACUACAGGUUUUCAGAAUGCUGAAUGUCACACCUGUGAUGAAAACAACCCGGAAAGCUCCAAGAAUCUCAGCUGGCUUUCCUGAGCUGAUAGAGCUGUGCUUGGCCACUUCCUCAGUGUCUUUCAUGACAGACCAACACUUAAACAGUGUGCUCCACGGUUCCCCCAAUCUGCGGGUCCUAGACCUUCGUGGCUGCACUCGAAUCACCGCUGACAUCCUGUCGACACUGCCCUGUGAAGAGCUUGAGUGUCUGUACUGGGGACUCUACUUCAGUAGUAACAACAUGGUGUCCUCCAAGAAAGGCAUCCACCUUCUAACACAGAAGUGGAGCCGCACCCUGCGUGAACUGGACCUGACCUGCCAGCCUUUCUCAGAGGAGGACUUGGAGAUCGCCAUGGCCAGCCUGGCACAUGGCACAGGAGCUGAGCUACUCCAGUCUCUUAAUCUUAGCUCGACAAAGGUCAACAAAAGUACCCUGAGGGCAAUUAUAAGCCAGUGUACGAAGCUGAAGUAUUUGAACCUGACUUCUUGUCGGUACCUUCCAAGAGGUCUGAAGAGAGUUUACAGAUGUCAGGAAGACAUUCACCAGCUGCUGGAUAAAAUUGUAUAAAGAGCAUAUGCAACACACCUAGAAUUUAAAUAAUACCGUAAUCGGGGGCGGCAUGGUGGUGCAGUGGUUAGCACUGUUGCCUCACACCUCUGGGACCCGGGUUUGAGUCUCCGCCUGGGUUACAUGUGUGUGGAGUUUGCAUGUUCUCCCCAUGUCUUCGUGGGGUUUCCUCCGGGUACUCCGGUUUCCUCCCACAGUCCAAAAAAAUGCUGAGGCUGAUUGGACUGAGGCUGAAUUGCCCAUAGGUUUGCAUGUGUGAUUGAAUGGUGUGUGAUUGUGCCCUGCGAUGGGCUGGCCCCCCAUCCUGGGUUGUUCCCUGCCUCGUGUCCGUUGCUUCCGGGAUAGGCUCCGGACCCCCUGCGACCCAGUAGGAUAAGCGGUUUGGAAAAUGGAUGGAUGGAUGGAUGGAUAUACCAUAAUCCUACAAUAGUGAUAGCAAUACUUUUUUUUCCCUCAAUGAACUUCCUUUUUGUAAUUAUUGUGAUUUCUAGUAUCAUUUGACGAGCCAAGUGUAAACAAAGCAAUAUUUCUGGGACAUGUCAGCAACGGAAACCGGAAAGUUUAAAGCGAGCGUUUAAUUGGCUUUUAAUUAUUCAUAUCCUUAGUCAACAUGUUUGAGUCUUAGGAUGGAAAAGACCCCCUCAAAUCAGGGGCCAGUAAUAUGGGAACCAUCAGUAUGGGUGUGAAGUUCUUCUCAUUCUUCGGUCAUGCACAACACCUGAAAGACGAGGACCAGCCUAAAAUUCACCCUGAAGCAAAUCAAAGACCUUAUACCAGACAACAAGCUAAAGAAUAGUCUGACCGAUCUUUAAAACCAAAUGGAUGCUCAUAGCAACAGAGAAGAUUAAAAGAAAUUACAUUUCUUCUUGAUUAAGUUUAGUUUGGUUUGGUCAUUCUCAAUCAUUGUAAUAUACAGCUCUGGAAAAAUAAAGGGACCAUAUUUAAUUUAAUUUAUAUUUAAAAAAAAUCCACAUUUUAAAAUUCUGGUUUAAUCCUGGUUCUGCUAUCAGAACGCUACACUGCAGGGCAGGCUUCUUCUAGGCUCCAAGUUUCCAAGAGCAGCACACAAAAACAAGAUGAAGCAAGAGACACUGGAAAUGUCACCAGAAACCAGCCAUGUAGAGGGCAGAAGCAACUUUCUUAUGCCAGAUAUGAACGUCAACUUAUCCGGGAGUGCCUCAUGAAUUGGAGGAUGACCUCAAGUGACCGUCAAAAAAAAUGGUAAACAUUAAGUGGUGUGAAGUGCACUGCUAAGAAAAUUCCUAACAGGCUCCUACAAGCAGGACUAAAGAUCUUUAAAGCAAGGAAGAAGUCCUUCAUUCAUGAGAAAGAGGGAAGAGCCAGGCUGGAGUUUGCAAAAAAAAAAAGUAUAUUUUACACAGCCGCAUAACCGUAAAUUGAGAAAUGAGUGAAACAGAAAAAUUUGCUGUGGUCUCUUAAUUUUUUUCCAGAGUUGUACAGUGACUAACUAAUCAUUUGUCUGUGAGCUCAGCUUUUUGGAUGUUAGUUUGUCUUAGAUUGUAAACAGUCAGUGAGUUCAUUUAUUUGGACUAACUCGUUAAAUAUAAUUGUAUAAAUGUUUAUGUAUCAAUGUGUGAUUUUGGGGUCGGGGGGGGGGGGGGGCUUUGGAUAGUUAUCCUUUGAUCUUUUGCAAGUGUCGUAUGUGAAUUUCUGUGUUUCAGUGUACUAUUCUUAAUAUUUUCUUUAGAAUAAACACCACGAUUUUUAUGCAAUUAUUUCUCACUACCUUUUGUUAGAGAUGCUUGUUGGAGAUGUUCAACUCAAGAAGUCUUACCUACCCAUCCCCAAUCUAUAUAUUGUGAAAUACACAUGUGAAAAAAAUAUAAAGAGCACUGAGUUUCUUCUGGUCACAUUAAGCAAUGUUAUUGGUUUUGGUAUACAGACGCUCCUCUACUUACGAACAAAAUACAUUCCAAACAGCCGUUCGUAACUUGAAGUGUUCAUAAGUCGUUAUUCAACAUCAUUUUAAGGGUAUAUGCAAGUACAAAGAACUAGGAUGCUGGGAGUUCGCACGCUACGCUGCUGCGCGGCGGGAGUAGCGGCCAGAAGUCGUACUGGGCGAAAUUGGCGCGCAGAAAAACGAAAGUAUGUUGUGGACAAGAAACGGGAGCCCAAUGAACACAAUUUGGACUUAUAGUCCCUUUCGUUCUUAUGUCUGAAAGUUUGUAAGUUGAAAGUUCGUAAGUAGAGGAGCGUCUGUAUAUGUUGGGUAUUUUCCUGUGCCUGUGCAAACAAAAUAGGUAAAGGAAGAAUUCACAAUGAAA